AUGGCCUCCGAUCCGCCUCCGCCUCGUCCGCCUCGACAGGCCCCUCCACCCGCCCAAGCACUCCACCACGGCGCACAGCGGCCGCAGCGCGAACAGCAACCCGCCUAUCCAUCUCCUGGUCUCCACCCGAACCCACAGCAAAACUCGCAGCGACCGCCGUUUACACAGCACUCGUCGAGCUCGUUCUCGGACGAAUCGGCGAAACAGUCCCUCUCGUCGCCGCCCGUUCGACCGCCCAACCUCGCUUAUGCCUCGCACGCAACCAGCUCGACUUCCUAUGCUGGCGGAGCGAUCCCCAAGGUCCAGUUCUCGCGCGACCAGGCGUCGACCUCGUUCUACGACUCCGUCUCGGCAGCCGAAGUCCCCCUCGUCGGCUACUCGUCCGCCUACUCUGCCCAUUCCUCGGCCGCGCACGGUGCCGCUGCAACGCCAGGCAUGACCUCGCUGACGGUUGGCGGGUCAGGCGCCGACUUCAAACGCAAGAAGUCGCUCGUCCGUCCCGACCGCGAACGCGUCGACGAGAACCACCGCCUGUACAACUACCGCCAGCAUGCGGCGAUGAUGGAGGCCGAAGGGCGGGGUACGGCGGCGGUCUCGCGGACGGGCCACUACGCGCAGGCUGGCUUGCCUGUUCCCGUUGGGCCGGCAGAAGUCAGCGGCGCGGCAGCCGCUGCGGCGCAUCCUUCGCACGGAGCAGAAGCGGGCGCAGGCUCGACGACGCUUCGACGAGGCAAGAGCAUCCUCGCGCGAGAGGAAGGGAUGGUCAACGAAUCGGGUCUCAAUAUCUUUAAGCGCGGCCAGACGCUGCGGAGACCGAAACGCGGGACAGCUGGCGGAGCGAUGCCUGGUGGAGCGUAUGAUCGUGGCAGGAGGGCGAAAGAGGCGAAGAAGCCGCUCGGAGCGUGGAUGAUCUACUGCAGGAUCUUGACGGCGUGCUUCCCGGCCCCUCUCUUGCGAUGCUUCGGCUUCCGCACGAAGGAGCGACAGGACGCCUGGCGCGAGAAGAUCGGUCUUCUCUCGGUCAUCGCGCUCUGCAUGGCCUUCGUCGGUUUCCUCACCUUCGGCUUCACCCAAGCCGUCUGCGGCACGCCCGCGCUCCGGUACCGCGCCGGCUCGAUCGAGGGCGGCUCGAUGAUCUUCCACGGCUACGACUACGACAUGGACUCGUUCAGGCAUCCCGCCGCGGCCGGUAUCAGCGAGGGCUCGAACCCGCUGUACGACAUCUUUGCUGCCGCCGGCAAGGACGGCUCCUUCUUGUUCCAGAACGUCAACCAGAAGUGCCUCAAUGUCAUCACGCCCGCCGCCGGGACCGGCAUCACGCACAACGGGAACGAGAUGGGGUGGUACUUCCCCUGCAACCUCUACGACCAGUACGGCACGUCGACCGUCAACUUGACGGGCUACGCCGAGGGAUGGCAGUGCCACACGCAAGGCGACGCGCGCGUCCAGUUCAGCCAGCUCAAGGCCCUCGGACAGGUCUACUUCCUCUGGGAUGACCUCAAGAACACGUCACGCAACCUCGGCGUCUACGACGGAGCCGUACUCGACUUCUCCCUCCUCAACUGGCUCGACAAGUCGCAGGUCGCGUACCCGCCCAUCUUCGACGAGCUCCGCUCCGGCACGAACUCGUCCUUCCGCGGCCGCGACAUCACUUCGCUCAUGGUGAACUCGAACCAGCGCGACGUCGCAGAGUGCCUCGUCGACGUUAUCCGCGUCGGCUUUGUCGACUCGGUCACGUUCGGCUGCGUCGCGUCGGACGUCGUCCUCUACGUCUCGCUCGUCGUCAUCAUCGGCGUCGUCCUCAUCCGCUUCGCCUUCGCCGUCCUCUUCGGCUGGUUCCUCUCUUGGAGGAUCGGCAAGUUCCCCGAGGAGACGAACGAGCAGCGUCGAGCACGCGCGAACGAGAUCGAGAACUGGACAGACGACAUCUACCGCCCCGCGCCCGCUCGCUACCGCCCGAGCGUGCCGAACAAACUGCAGAAGAAGUCGAUGUUGCCGACCACGAGUCGGUUCUCCAAGGGCGACCUCCUCAAGGCCGCCGGCAACGAUUCGAGCCUCCCGUCGCUGUCGAAGAAGGGCAUGAUCGGCGCCGGCAUGCGCAAUUCGCCUCCGGGUUCGCCUGGCGGACCUCGCGCGUCGCGCAGCUCCACCUCGCUCCCGAUGUCGUCGUUCACGCUCGACGGCCUCGCGCGCGGCUCGGCAGCGGACGGCGCGAUGGGUGCUUGCCCGUUCCCGCUCGCCGAUGUCGUCCCACAGCCUCCGCCCGACUACGAGCCGUUCAACUACCCUCUCGCACACGCCAUCCUUCUCGUCACCGCCUACUCCGAGUCAGUCGAGGGUCUGCGCACGACGCUCGACUCGCUUUCGACGACCGACUACCCCAACUCGCACAAGGUCAUCCUCGUCAUCGCCGACGGCAUGGUCAAGGGCUCGGGUAACUCGCUCACGACGCCCGAGAUCGUCCUCGGCAUGAUGAAGGAGUUUGUCGUUCCGCCUGCCGAGGUCGAGCCGUACUCGUACGUCGCCAUCGCCGAUGGCCACAAGCGCCACAACAUGGCCAAGGUGUAUGCCGGCUUCUACUCGUACGACGACAACACGGUCGAGCGGUCGAAGCAGCAGCGCGUCCCGAUGCUCCUCGUCGCCAAGGUCGGCAACCCCGCCGAGCAGCGCGACCCCAAGCCGGGCAACCGCGGCAAGCGCGACUCGCAGAUCGUCCUCAUGACGUUCCUCCAGAAGGUCAUGUUCGACGAGCGUAUGACGACGUUCGAAUACGAGUUCUUCAACUCGCUCUGGCGCGCGACGGGCGUGAGCCCUGACCGCUACGAGCUGGUGCUCAUGGUCGACGCCGAUACCAAGGUCUUCCCCGACUCGGUCUCGCGCAUGGUCGCCUGCAUGGUCCACGACCCGGAGAUUAUGGGCUUGUGCGGCGAGACCAAGAUCGCCAACAAGUCCGACUCGUGGGUAACGAUGAUCCAGGUCUUCGAAUACUUCGUCUCGCACCACCAGACCAAGGCUUUCGAGUCGAUGUUUGGCGGCGUCACCUGUCUGCCCGGAUGCUUCUCGAUGUACCGCAUCAAGGCGCCCAAGGGUGGCGACGGUUACUGGGUUCCGAUUCUCGCCAACCCCGACAUCGUCCAGCACUACUCGGAGAACGUCGUGGACACCCUGCACAAGAAGAACCUCCUGCUUCUCGGCGAGGAUCGCUACCUCACGACGCUCAUGUUGCGCACGUUCCCGCGGCGCAAGAUGAUGUUCUGCCCGCAAGCCGUUUGCAAGACGAUCGUCCCCGACACUUUCUCCGUCCUCCUCUCGCAGCGCCGCAGGUGGAUCAACUCGACUGUCCACAACCUCUUCGAGCUCAUCCUUGUUCCCGACCUCUGCGGCGUCUUCUGCUUCUCGAUGCGCUUCGUCAUCUUCAUGGAGCUGGCGGGUACCCUCGUCCUUCCCGCCGCCAUCGCCUUCACUCUCUACCUCAUCGUUGUCGCCAUCAUCCCCGGAACCGUCAAGCCCGUCAUCUCGCUCAUCCUCCUCGCACUUAUUCUCGGUAUCCCCGCCAUCCUCAUCGUGAUCACCUCGCGCCGUUGGAGCUUCUUGGGUUGGAUGCUCAUCUACCUCUGCUCGCUUCCAGUCUGGAACUUUGUUCUUCCUGCCUAUGCCUUCUUGCAUAUGGACGACUUCUCAUGGGGACAGACGCGCAAGAUCGCCGGCGAGAAGGCCGGAGGAGCAGGGCAUGGCGACAAGGAGGGCGAGUUCGACUCGAGCCACAUCAGCAUGAAGCGCUGGGCCGACUGGGAGCGCGAGCGGCGGUACAAAUCGGCCAACCAGUCUCGCGACUCGUCGUACGGCGACGGUCCGCGCGGCAGCUCCCCCGGCAGGCCCGCCAGCAACCGGUACUCGAUCAUGUCGAGCGUCGAUACGUCGGAGGGUUUCUCGCACCCGCGCUACCCAACCGAGCUCUCUCUCCCCGCUCCUCUCGCUCCCCAGGCGAUCAGCCCGGCUUCGUCGCAGGCCAGCUUCGACAACCCUACCUCCGCAAUCUCCCCUCCGCCUCCGGCUCACUCUGGUGCGCUGUCGCGUUCGCCGGUCGACUACCCGACGCACCAGCAGGCGGGCUACGGCGACGAAGAUGAGGCGGACCGUCCGAUCCUGCACCACCAGUCUCCGCCUAUCAUGGCGUCGGCGCGAUUCCACGCCGAGCCUGACAGCCUCCCCCUCUCCCCGUCCGCGUCCUCCACCUCGCCGCCUCCCGCUUCAUCGGCCUCGUUUGCCUCGAACAACCCCUUCGCCAAUCCGCCGUCGACACAGUCUCGCCGCGGCGUUUCGCUGUCUGACGUCGGUCCUGUGCCCUCGUCGGGCGGCGGCGGCGUCCGUGUUGUUCAGCGUCACUCCCGCAGGCAGAGCUCGAACGCGCCCUCGUCGUCUGUCAACGGCCAGCACCGUUCGAGGCCGUCCACGCAGCAGUCGACUCAGCCGUCCUUCGGAGCCGCCGACUCGUUCUACUCGGGCACCACGAGCGGCGGAGGCUCGAUCUCCGGCCACUCGUCAAGCAGCGGCGGACAUCUCCCGCCCGGCGCCGCGCCGCCCCGGUUCAGCCACGGCGGCCAGCCUUAG